CACGGUUUUGCACCAAUGGCAUGCGUUUUUCGACGAGCACAAAUAUUUACGCACAAGCACUUCGUGGAAUCGUCAUGGCAUCAUUUACUCUGUGGACGGUCGUGGCAGCUGCCUGCGUUGCUGUUGUACAAAGCCAGAACCCAGAUGUGGUCGCCGCCGCGGCGUGCCAACAAGAGGCCGCGCCAUAUCUGACCAGCCAGUUCGUGCCAGGCCAGUUCACCUCGUCGUCGUUCUUUGCGUGUUUCCGGCCGCAGGACCAAAUCUUCGAGUUCUUGGACACGAUGGUGGCUCGCACCCCGAACAACACGCUGACCAAGUUUACGAUUUCGAAAACGUUUGUAGGCCGGCCGAUCCCAGCGUACAAACUGUCGUCGGCUCCCUCCUCCAACCACUCGACCAUCGUCGUGCUCAGCAUGAUGCACGCUCGCGAAUGGAUCACAGCCCCCGCCACUGUCUACGCCAUCGCUAGCCUUGUUGACGACUUUGUUACCAAGAACACACCGCUCCCGUACGACUGGGUGUUUGUUCCGAUUGUCAACCUUGACGGGUACGUGGCGACGUGGACGACCGUCGAACGCUUGCGCCGGAAGAACGUGAAUCCAUUGGGUGCCAACAUUCCGUACGACGCCGUCGGAGACUCGAGCCAGAGUGGGGUCGACCUCAACCGAAACUACGGCCCCCUUUCUGUGUUUAAUCUCGUGCCCACGCUCAAGUCUAGCCUCACAUACCCCGGUUCAGCGCCGUACAGCGAGCCUGAAACCGUGGGCAUCCACACAUGGCUCCAGUCUCACCCCGAAGUGGUUGGGGCCAUCGAUGUCCACAGCUACGCCGGCCUGCUCUUGACCCCGUUUGGCAGCACCACCAACACCCCCGACGCCCCGUUCAACGACAAGUUUACUGCGCUCGGUGCGACCAUGCAAGACUCGAUCUUGAAGGCCACUGGGGUGUUGUAUAACGCGCAGCCGGCCAGCAAACUGUACUUGGCCUACGGCACGUUUGGCGAGUACUUUUUUCGAGUGUAUGGCAAGCCCAGUGUAACGUUUGAGCUCAAGGGCAAGAGCUUCAUCGUUCCGUCCACUACCAUCCCCGGCAGUGGCGACCACGUCGUGGCAGUGUGCCGAUCGUUUGCCGAGGGGAUUCCGCCGUUCAUGGCCAAUCUGCCAGCUCCCACCACCUUGCCUCCUAACGCGCCACGAAAUAGCGGCUUGCACCAUGUAGCCUCGAUUGGUGCAAGCAUGGUACUCGCAGCAAUUGUCAUUUAUUCAUAGUUUAGGCAACGGAUAAGGUAUUUCUGACGUUAAUACGUCGAAGUACUGGUACUAUUGUUUGGGUUUCGGGGGAGGGGUGUCGAUCUUUGACAAUUCAUGAACAGCAACCAAACGUAAAAAAUGACCAGCAUUCUGAAACUGC